AUGAAAAUUAUUGUAAAGACUAUUCAAGGAAUAUUAAAUGAAUAUGAAAUUGAACCAGAAACAACAACAGUUGGUGAACUUAAAGGAAUGAUUAAUGCUAAACAAGGAAUUGAUAUUCAAAAUAUUUCUCUUAUUUAUAAGUCUCGUAUGCUUAAAGAUAAUGCUCAAAAUCUUGGUGGUUUAGGUAUUAAUGAAGGUGAUUCAAUUGUUAUGGUAGUUAAGAAGAGUGCUGUUCCUCCUCCUAAACUUGCUCCUGUAACCCAACCAGAAACCCACUCAACUGAACCAAUUCAACAACCUACUACUCAACCUAUUACAACAAACCAACCUUCAACACAACCAGUUGAUAUUUUCCAAUCACAACAACGUCAAACAGUUAACGUUGAACCAACUGAAGAAAAUAUUAAUCAUUUAGUUGAAAUGGGAUUUUUAAGAGAUGAUGCUAUUAAAGCUUUAAGAAAAUCACAAAAUAAUACUGCAAUUGCUGCUGAUUUUCUUAUUAGUGGUGUUGAUUUAGAUAAUAUUCCUGAUCAACCAGCAGGUAGUUAUGAAGAAUACCCUCAAGAGCCAGGAUCUAUUCUUAACUUAACAAAAGAUCAAUUUAUUGAAUUGUGUAGAGAACAACCCCAAAUUAUUGAAUCAUUCAUUCAACAUGUAGAAUCAGAAAAUCCAUCAGCCGCUCAACUUAUAAGAAAUAAUCCAGGUAUGAUCUAUGACAUUAUUAAAAGUCAAACAAAUGACAACAGAGUUCCUUCUGAACCACAACAUACUCAACCACAACCAAAUCAUGCUCCUUCUCAACCACAGUUAUCACCAGAAGAUAAUGCUGCUAUUGAUAGACUAUGUGGUUUAGGAUUUGGUAGAUCACAAUGUCUUCAAGCUUAUAUUGCCUGUGACAAAAAUGAACAACUUGCUGCUAAUUUCCUUUUAGAUGGAUUUGAUUAA